CACAUUUUCUUCUUCUCAUUUCACAAAGAAAAAACUCCUCCACAAGUAAACUACUACUACAAUACAAAAUCGAUUUUCAAGGAAAAAAUCAGAAGCCAAUAUGUUGAGAAUCCUUGGAAAAGAUCUCAGAAUUUCAAAAUCAACAACAUUGGUUACCAGAUCUGAGUCAGAAAUUGAUGCCCACGAUGUGUUUGAUGAUUUGUCUUCGUGGGAAUUUGUUAACCCUUCUGAUGAUGAACAAGAAGAUAGCUACUCCUUCACUGAUCACACUGAUGAUGAUGAUGAUGAAUUGAUGUUAAAAGAAGAUGACCUAUGUGAAAUUGGGUCUCCAUCUUCUGAUAUCUCCAUGAAAUCGGAAUCGGAACCUCCGGCGCCAGUUCAAACAAUUGGUGCAUUGGUGGUUUGCCAUGUUGGGUUUGAUUAUCAUAACAGUUCUCAUGAUGAUCAUGAUGAUGAUCAGGAAGAGGAAGAAGAAGAUUACGACGAUGAUUUGGAUGAUGAGUUGAUACCAAAUUGGUUGAGUGAUAAAUUUGGGAGACAAAGGAUUAGGAAAUUGGGGAAAAGGGCUUGUUCCAAGAUGAACAAAUCCAAAAAGGGGCCUUAUAUUUUUAAUAGGCCAGGAUGUGUUCAUGGAAAACAUGGAUUUGGUCUGAAGUAAAUGAUUUGCAGGUUCAAUAGGGAUGAUGAACAAAAUGGGGAGUUAAGUUUUAGGUUAAUUUAUUGACUGGAAUCAUUGUUGAUUUGAUCUAAAUAUAAUCUUGAUGUAUUUAGGACUGGUGGAAUUAGGUUUUUAUCUAAUUUGCAACUCUUUAGUUUGCUUUUUCAGCCUAGGUUGUCUACUUGGAUUUGGAUGUAAAUAUCUGAAUUUAUCUAAUGCAAUUUGAAUUUCAAGAUCCAA